AUGGCUGAACCUGAGGAUGGAGAUGAUAUCUUCGCUGAUUUGUAUGAUGCCGAUGAAUCUACAAAUCGUACAACUGCAGCUGUUGAGGCGCCAAAGCCUGACCAAGGCGCAACCGACCAAGCGCCUGCAGGGGAUGUUGGCAACCAAGAUUACACCGUACCUCCUACUAGCAAUUACGAGUCGCAAGGCAUUGUCCAGUCCUCGGAAUAUGACUCGGGCUAUCAGAAUGGUACAGGAAAUGGUUAUGGUACCCCUGCCCCUGCCCAAGCACCUCCUGCGGAGACCGGGUCUCAUGGAACAGGCAUCAAGGAAGACGGAAAGAUGUUCAUUGGUGGUUUGAAUUGGGAAACUACCGACGAGUCUCUUCGCGACUAUUUCUCUCAGUUUGGCGAAGUCCAGGAAUGCACCGUCAUGCGUGACAGUACCACGGGCCGCUCUCGCGGCUUCGGCUUCUUGACUUUCCGUGACCCUAAGACUGUUAAUACUGUUAUGGUGAAGGAGCAUUAUCUCGAUGGAAAGAUUAUUGAUCCUAAGCGUGCUAUUCCCCGCGACGAACAGGAGAAGACCUCUAAGAUCUUCGUUGGCGGUGUUAGCCAGGAGGCGACUGAGCAAGAUUUCAAGCAAUUCUUUGUGCAGUUUGGUCGUGUGGUGGAUGCUACCCUCAUGAUGGAUAAGGACACUGGACGUCCCCGUGGAUUUGGUUUCGUCACAUUCGAUGGCGAUGCUGCCGUUGAGAAGGCGCUAUCCCGUCCCCUCGAAAUUUUGGGCAAGCCAAUUGAGGUCAAGAAGGCCCAGCCUCGUGGUAACCUGCGCGAUAACAACGACCAACGCGGCGGACAUCGCCCCGGAGGAUACCGCGAUCACAACCAGCACGAUGGCCACCAGCAGGCGCCCCAGCAGGGACAAGGCAACUCCAUGACUCCUCAGAUGAUGGCUCAAUACUGGCAGCGCAUGCAGCAGUACUUUGCUAUGAUGCAGCAGUCCAUGGCCGCCGGCCAAGGAAUGCCUGGCAUGAACAUGAACCCUGCUAUGGGCAUGAACCCUGCGAUGAUGGCACAGAUGCAGCAAAUGCAGCAAAUGCAGAUGCGCCAGCAACAGCAGCAAAUGGCUGGCCAGCAGCAAGGCGCCAUGAGCCCCGGGCCCCAAAGCCCCGGAUCUCAGCAGGUCAUGCCUAACAUGAUGAACCCCGCUAUGAUGCAGCCUAACCAAGCGGGCCCUGGUCCUCGUGGUCCAGGAAGCGAUAGCGCCAGCCCCGGUCCCAACGCUGCCGCCAUGGCUGCUAACUACGCCAACGGAGCCGGAAAUGCAGCCAGAGGUCAGACCGGACCUGGUUACAACGCCACCGAGCAGAUCGCCUUUGAGCAACAGAAGUACGAGCAGCAGCAGCGCCGCUCGAUGGACCCUCGUGGAUUCUCGCCCUACCAGCAGCAGGGAGGACCGACUUCGUGGGAGGGCAUGUAUGAUGAGGUCCCUCAGCCUCACAAUGGACCCGCAGGUAUGAGACGCUAUGGAAGUUCUGGUUCUCGAACCCCACAGCCCCAGAGCGCCGCCCCUGCUAACGCUCCCACCGGACCGCGUAACGCCGGCAAGCCUGGUGCGAAUUACCGUGGCGGCGGCCGCGGCGGAGGCCACCGCGGCUUCCACCCCUACCAGCGCUAG